CCGGAAGUACAAAAGGUUGUGUUGGACAUCAUUUUUUUCCAUCAUAAAAUCCUUAUUUCUGGCUUUAAAUUGGCGUUUUGUCGGUAAUAAAGUAAAGAACAGGGUGCGUUAAGGUUUAAGGUCAAUUCCUGAAUCCACAACAACGGGUUAUUCAGCGCCGAAAACGGUCAUAGCCAUACGGGCACCGGUCGAGCUGAAAAAAUUGUGUUUUAUUUUUUUAUCGAAACUUUACUUUGUAACGUUACUGUGAUUUUUUGAGAAAAUGACGGUGAAAGAGUUCUUCGGUUGCACGUUCAUCGCCUACGGGCCCGCCUUUGCGCUCUUCAUCUUCACAAUCGCACGGGAACCGCUCAGGAUCAUCAUUCUUAUCGCUGGGUGUUUCUUCUGGCUCCUGUCUCUGCUGUUCUCCUCCGUUCUGUGGAACAUCGUCUGGCCACUCAAGGACCAGCUGGCAUUCGGAGUCGUCUUCUCCGUCCUGUUCCAGGAGAUCUUCAGAUUCUUCAUCUACAAACUGCUCAGAAAAGCAGACGAGGGCCUCCAAACGUUCAGUGAUGAACCUCCAACAGCGUCAGACAAGCACACGAUCGCUUACGUUGCUGGACUUGGCUUUGGCCUGAUGAGCGGAGCGUUCUCAUUGGUGAAUGUCCUUGCCAUGGCAACAGGACCGGGAACAGUGGGUAUCAAUGGUGAUACUCCAUAUUUCUUCCUCACAUCUGCCCUGAUGACAUCAUGUUUCAUCCUCCUCCACACCUUCUGGAACGUCAUCUUCUUCUGGGGCUGUGACAAGAGAAAUUUCCCAGCUGUAGGGUUUGUGGUCGGCUUCCACAUGCUCAUCUCAUGCCUGACGUUAAUCCGCCCGCUGCAGCCAGCCACCAUUAUCCCUGCAUACUGUAUCCUGCUCGUCACCAUGGCGAUAGCAUACAAGCUGGUGGGAGGUUCGGUAAACAACCUGAUGGCAUUCCUGACUUGCAAACGUGCGGGAUACGCCUCCAACUAGAAUAUACUGUGAAAUAUUCCAGGGGUGUUCCCUGCACCUGUUUACACCCCCUUUUCACUGGAUGGAGACAGCUGAGCAACUUCAAUUGAUUUAUUUUAUAUGUUGAAUAUAGUCCAUGAAAGAGUUGUCUUCAGUUAUAAAUUUUCUAUGUCAUACUCACUGUUUUGGAGCCUAUGUUGCUGAUUUUUGCUGUUAAGGUCAGGAAGUUCAGAUUUUCAAUCCCAAGCAGCAAAUUUCUGUUCUUGGACAGAGGGACUGGUCCAGGAGACAGCCCUGGUCCAUGAUAUUUAAGCAUGAUUGAAAAAAAAAGAAAAUAUCAGUAUGCAUAACAUAAAAGUGACACUUGUUUGCAAUACCAAUACGAUUAUUGGUUGCUCAGCAGUCACCUUGUCAGUGAAAAGGGUUUGUUACCAACAGUUUGGAUGGGAGAACUGCGCUUUUUAUUUUCAAUUUGUGUUUGAUAUCAGACCAUUCCAUCAAAGGGCAAAAAUUGCUGACUUAGAAUAAACAAAGAUUUUUUGAAGCACAACUCUACUCGCUAACUAUCUUGUAAUGGAAUGGUUGAACUUUCAAACAUGUCAGUAUUGCAGAAACAUGAAGUUUUGUAGCACUGUACCUUACUACCGUAGUGGGUGACAUCACAUUGUAAUUUUACAGGAUACAAUUUGUAUCAAACAUAUUAGAUAGUUUCCAGUGUUUAAUGUUAGUACAAUAUUCCAUUGUGUUUCAAACAUUUUUGCAAUCACAGACAAUAAGAAAUUCUGUACCAAGCAGUUUCUGACCAACUUUAAGGAUGUGGCCAGGAAUACUACUAAACAUUUCUUGUACUGAAGCCUUUUCUUAACAUUAUGGAAAUGCUUCUUUAAUAGGACAAUAAUCUUUUGAUAAAGAAGAAUCUAGACGUAGAACUAUGAAAUGCAAUGCGUGGUGUACAGAGUCAAUGUAGCAUAACUGUUUUACAGAAGAAAAGUAUGUAGAAGACGGGGAGUAUCCAAGACUAUCUAUUUUGUUGAAAGGGAAUUUUGACAUGAGUACAUAGUGCAUAGAAUGUAAAGUAAAACAUCAGCCUAUUUAUGAAUUGGUAGCAUUUGAGGACUCAAUUGUAUAAAGUAUGAUUUCCAUAAAGUUCACUGUUGUUUAGUACUGAAAGUCAGUACAUGUAUGUUUACUUUGCUAAAGCAAAAAACAAGUGUAUUUGUGGAUAUGUAUUAACAUUUGGUCUGUAUUUUUGUAAAGUCAAACUUGGAUUGCCAUUUAAAAACAAGGUUUUGGUAAGUUUCAAAGUAUGAUUUCAACUUGCAUUUACAUUAUGUAGUUGGUAGAACUUAGUAAUGAAGGCAAAGUUUAUCAUAAAUGGUGAAAAACAAUACACUGGUAAUUUUACGAUAAACUUUGCUAUGCAUCUAGGAGAGGUCUCAAAUUUACCCCCUACAGACUUCGUGCUCCUUAAAACAUUAGUAAUUUGGGUUCCAAGAAGAGGGUUAUGUUUUUUAUGGAAAUCUUCCCUGAAAAUUUAAUCUGUAACAGUUGUAUAUGUCACUUAAUGUGUGUUAAGUUUUCCUGUAAUUUUGCACUAUACACUUUCUCUUUCAAUAAAUGUUUACACAAAACGUA